AUGAAUGAAUGCAGUACUUGCACCGAAGUCUUCUACUUUUGGGAGGACUGCGAGAACCACAUGGAUGAGGAACGUCAUUGGAUCGAGUGCCAGACAUGCGACAGAGAGUUCCGCACUCAGAAUGCUUGUAACCAGCAUAUGAACUCCUUGGAUCACUGGGCACCCACCUUUGACUGUGAAACUUGCUCUCGGGAGUUCGAGAGUCAGUCCGCCGCCAACCAGCAUAUGAACUCCAAGGGCCAUUGGCUGCCCACUGUCCCCUGUGAGACGUGCACGAUGAAGUUCCAGACCCAACACAGUGCCGAUAAUCACAUGGAGAGCCUAGGACAUUACAAGAACUAUUGCCGUGAAUGUGAUCGUCGUUUCAAGAACGAGAACUGUUUACGCCAGCAUCUGAACUCGAAGAUCCAUCGUGGCACUGGGAUCUCGUGCUUUUUCUGUCCCGCUAAAUUUGUCACCCCGAGCGGCGUCUCCCACCACCUGGAAACUGGAGCCUGCCCCCAAGCCCCGACAAUGAACCGUGACAUGAUCCACCGCAUGAUUCAACAGCUCGAUCCUAAUGGUAUUAUCUGCAAGAAGCAGAUUGGAUGGCAUGAUGAAGAGAAUGUGCAGUACUUAGUCACCCAACAUGCCUUCAAUGGUCACAACUGGGUGUGCUAUAUCUGCAAGAAAUGUUUCAACGCGCCAAAAUCACUGGAAUCGCAUCUUAAUUCGUCCGUACACAAGGAGAAGGUCUAUCAUUGCCUGAAGAGGGGAUGUCCCAAGGAAUUUGUCUCUAUGGCUAGUCUGUUCAGCCACUUGGAGAGUGAAUCCUGUGGAUACAUCCGCUUCGAGGGUGUACAGCAGGUCCACAGACAGUUGAACGAUGCUAUCAUGGGCCGCAGGAUGAUCACUGGAUUCUAG